AUGACGUCUGCUGUCAAACCUCUCGAUGUAUGGACUAAUGACCUCAUCGGGGAAAUCUACUUCAAUCCGGAUGACGCAACGGCCUUCAAGGCCUUCGAGGAUUACAUAAGCAGUGAUAUUCGUAUUGAAGUGAACGGCGCCGUGCUCCCGCGUUCCGUCUAUCUUGGAAUUGUCACACGCUACCGCGAGGAGGGUACUGGAACGGACCUCGGCAACCCGACCCUGUCCAUGCAUGUCGACGAUGUGGAGAAGCAGACCGGAACCGUUGCCCAAUGCGGCAAGUUUAGCACCAAGAACAAGGCAACCGGAGCGGUCGUCAACGCCACAGCGACGACGAUCAUCAAGGUCGAGUUCCGGGAUGGGAAGAGGGUGAUGACCAGCUUGACCGAGGUCAUUGCCGAUGACUAG